AUGGUUAAAAAAAUCCUCGCUCAGUUCUACAGCUUAAGUCUUAUCAUCAUCGUUACUUAUAGCACUAUGAAUUGUUGCAACGUCAUCAAUCCUUCGCAAUUCAUGUCCCUCAUUGAAUACGACCUUAGCGUCAUAAUAUCUAUGAUCUACAACAGUAAGGUACUCCAAUUUAUUGCGAAGCUCAAAUGCCUCGACGGAUACUUGAGAAUCAACAGACGUCAUUAUAAGAAGGUCCAAAAUAGAUCUAUCGUCAUCACUACUGUUCUCUGGCUCAUCAGGCUCUCAUUCAUGGCAUUAGGAUGCGUUGCUCAUAACUGCUACCAUUCGUUUACUCCAUUCGUUGUGAAUGUCUUAUCGUUAUUAGCUCUGGAUUUGAACAGAGUCUGGAGAUUUACUAUACUUAAUACUAUUAGAUACAGGAUGAAAUUAUUAAGGUGUAGAUUAGAAGAAAACCCCCAAUGCAGCUAUUACUUGUACGUGGCCGAUAUGAAGACAAUGAAAGAAGAUAAAAUUAGAUUUUGUCUGCUCAUGUACAAGCAUAUAGGUAAUCUGUUGGAUAUUAUUCUUCCUGAGUUUUACGCACAGGAACCAGUUGAAUCUCUUGGCUUCACAGUUAUGCAUAUAGUACACGUGUCAUUUCUUCUAAUGUCUCCUUCUGUUUUAUUUGAACUUUUUCAAGUAGAAGUGGAUAAAAUAAGAUUAUUGUUGAUGGAUCGUAUUAUCGAGGAUAAGGGUAAAUCCAAAGGUAAGGGAAGACUCUCAAAUAUUUUUACAAUAUACGAAUGUCAGAUCGUUCAAUUGCAAAAUCUGGCGAUGCAUCCCGGUCAACAUUUCGCUGCCAUUGGACAUUUUUAA